AUGCCAAAACAAGAAUUCGACAACUGGGAUCUGUGGGCUGGUGCUCUUUGCUUUCUAUCAUUUAUGCUAUUUGUAUUUUUUACUUCUUGUACUUGUAUCAAUUUUUGCUGUGUAAAAGAAGACGAUGAGUUGACAAAAAUGGAAAUUAAACAUGUCUUUCACUCGUUAAUUACUAUGUUUUUCGCCAAAACAGGUGGAGUAAAAGGUAAGUUGGAACCCCCAACCAACGUUUUAGUUCAUUUCAUCGAGUGCCAGCAAGCCAGGCGAGGAGAUGCUUUGCGGCGGCGGUGUGCCCCAUAUGCCCCGUAUAUGCCCCAUACCGGCGUCCUUUCCCUGUACCCAAUUCAUCGGCGCGUCCUCCGUCGCCCAUCCAUUAUGCGUAUGCGCGCAGGACCUGUGCGACCGAAAUGGAAGCCUUACAUCCGCCGUCCACUAUACUUUGCGUGCAAGUGGGCGGGGCUUCGGGUGUCUUCUGGGAAUAUUUCCGUUUUCGAUGGUUUUUCACGAUUGUUUUGGAAGAUUCAAGAAUUCCCUGAAUCGCUGGAAAUCUUCAAGUUUUGUCUUUUUUUCAAGUUUACCAAUUCUUCAGUUUCUCGGGCUUUUUUUCGAUCAAUGCCAUCAAAAAUCACCUCGAUUUCAAAAAAUUUUGUAAUCUGUUAUUUUUCAUUGGGGUGCGGAGCGUCGAAUUCGCCUACGAUUGGGACCACACUCGCAGAACGUUCUUCAGAAGAAACUCCUGGAACGAGCGAUGGAUUGAAUAAUUGGUUGAUUUGUUUCACUAUUUUUAAAAAAUCAUUCGAAUAUCUUCUCAAGAAAGUUGAUAACGAUAACACUUCUACCGUAUCCCAAGAUGCUUUAAAAAACAGAUCCUUAUUUUCUCUCUCCAACUAG